AGCUGAUCGGAGCUUCAGGACCAGGAUCUGAGAGUCUCACUUGUUGCUGCGCAGGAGCCGAGAGCAGCAGGUCAGAAUCGGGACCGGGUUCACAUCAGCUCUUUACAGCUUCUCAAGUCCAGACCAGGAACAGGACCAGGACUUGUAUUCUAUCAGGACCAGGACCGGAUCAGUGCGGACCUCAGAACCUCCUCUCUGCACCCCCCACCCCGCUGCUGCUCUCAGGUGAGACAUCUCAGCCUAGUCUGCUCCAUCCGAACCGGUCCGGAGGGUUCGGUGGUUUUAUGAAGGUCGGAUCAGACCUGUUUAUCGAUCCCUGAUGGAUCGAUCCGGACUCCGGAGACCAGCAGCCCUCUGUAGAUCCGGUCUAACAGGCUGAAUGGUCGGUACCGGAGUCCUCGGUUCCGGUAGAAACCCUCUUCAGUGUUUAGUGGUCCCGCAGAGGACCGAGAACCAGCCCAUAAUCCGAUCCGGACUCUGGAGUCACGAAUCCUCCCUCAGACCUGCUGUUGCUGAGAGACGGAGCAGGUUUACAUAAGAACCCGGUACCGAGCCGCACACGGGUCCAGAGGCUCUCCGCGGGGGUCCGGGGGUCCAACAGGUCUCUGUGAGGAUCGGUUUAGAGGGGGGGGUUUACAGGAGUCCUGGGGGGUUAAGGUUCUGAGGAUCUGCCAUCAGCCAAUCAGGAGACAGAGAUUUUUAACCUGUCAGGUAUCAACAAACAAGAGAGAGAGAGUGUGUGUGUGUGUGUGUGUGUGUGUGUGUGUGUGUGUGUGUGUGUGUGUGUGUGUGUGUGUGUGUGUGUGUGUGUGAGAGAGAGAGAGUGAGUGUGUGUGUGUGUGUGAGUAUGUGAGUGUGUGAGUGUGUGUGUGUGAGAGAGAGAGAGAGUGUGUGUGUGUGUGUGUGUGUGUGUGUGUGUGUGUGUGUGUGUGUGUGUGUGUGUGUGUGUGUGAGAGAGAGAGAGAGAGAGAGUGUGUGUGUGUGUGUGUGUGUGUGUGUGUGUGUGUGUGUGUGUGUUAGAGAGAGAGAGUGUGUGUGUGUGUGUGUGUGUGUGUGUGUGUGUGUGUGUGUCAGACUCACCUCAGGUGACUCCAGGUAACUGAUAAGACAGCACCUUGGUCUCCAUGGCAACAGCUGACUGUCUGAGAGUAGUUCAGUUAGAAUCAAUAAAACUUUAUUGAUCUGUUAUUGACAUGAAAACCAGCGGUCUGUGUGGACUCUGAGGAUCCAGACUGACCCGGUCUGAGGAGGUCUAAGGAGGUCUUCAUUUCUUCAUGGAAAUACAAUCAGACCGAGACGCUAAGACAGAAGAACUACAGCGUCUGUAAAAUGAUCAAUAUGGUGAUUAUUACUUCAAGGAAAUGAUGAAGAAAUGAUCAUAAAUGUUCUUCCUUGAGCUGCGGCACCCCGCUGUAGUCUGUAAUGGGUCUGCUGGAAGAGAGUAGGUGAGUUGUGUUUAGUCUCUUUGCUAAAGAAAUGAGUCAAAGUUAAAAAGAUGUUUGGUGUCUAGUACUAUGUCUGUGACCCUAUAUGUCCUGUUGAUGAAGUUAGGUGCUGUUCUGAGCAUUAUUUGUGGCUAUAGAGUGGCGUUUUGGUUGGGGGCGUGUCUCUCUGUAUUUCUAUCCUGUGGUCGUUACUAAAGUUGGUAUAACUAGAGAAGCAAGCGGUCGACAACAUUCAUCUCUGGAGGGGGCGGGGUCUAACUCGGUGUUAUGGUGGGUUUGACCCUGAAUUAAUUUUACUGUUCCUCUUUCCUCCAGUUUACGGAUUUGAAGCUGAAAAGUUCUCAGUAUUUCUGAUUUUUCUCCACUUCCUGAAACCAACAUUGCGCAGUAACGUUGUACACAUUCAGCGGGAGAGUCGGCGAGAGUCGCUGUGAUGACGCUCGGCUCAAACAGCGUAUCCCCCGGUGAUCUACUCAAUCUCUGUCCUCCCAUUGGCUGUAUCAGGUGUCAAUCAUAGAAAACAUGAACCCCCUAAUAACUUUUAAAAAUGGAGCUGUACAGAAAAAAGAGGACUUGAGCACAAACCAGUCUGACAGUAACUACAUGUCAACAUCACAACCAGGGGGGAGAAACAUUUAUAUUCUGAGUCAUUCAUUUAUAAAGUUUGUCCACAGCUCCAUAAGGAGGCGGGGUUUAGGACCUAUACUGCAGCCCGUCACCAGAGGGCGCUGUUCUCUCACAGAGCCAGACGGCGUCUAUUCUAGAUACGGUGUACGGGCGUCCACAGAGUGUCCAUCAGACUAACAAGGUCAUGAGGAGCAUCACGUCACAUGACCUGAGCAGCUUUCACUGGAGGAGAACGGACCUUCUGUGGACACCUGAGACCAUCAGAGCUCAGGAAAAACUGGAUCUGCUGGUUUCUGCUGUUUGUUGUUGAACCAGAAUCCCUCAUGGUCUCGGGUUUCUGUGACCUGAGAGUCGAACCUGCUGCUUUGGAUGAAGAUCUCCUCCAGACAAGAAGGUCCAACUGAGAAGAUCCUCAUCAGCACAGGAGCUUUAAUGUCAGAGUGAGAGACACCAGGACCUUCAGGACCUUCAGGACCUCCAGGACCUCCAGGACCUCCUCCUACACGACUGUGACACACAAGACAGAGCUGUGUGUGUGUGUGUGUGUGUGUGUGUGUGUGUGUGUGUGUGUGUGUGUGUGUGUGUGUGUGUGUGUGUGUCCUGGUACACUGAGGCCCGUCCCUCGCUGCUCCACAGAUGACUGAUAUCUCUACACUCUGCUCACCCUCUCACACACACACACACACACACACACACACACACACACACACACACACACACACACACACACACUCUCUCUCUCUCUCUCUGGAGUGUGUGGCAGAGGUGGGCUCUGGUGGCGCUGGUUUCUAACAGGAAGUGCGUGUCUCUGAUGGGGCGGUGUGAGUCAUCUGUAGACGGCGUGGGCUUUGUUGUGGUGCUGCUGCGGUUCUGGUGCUGGUUCUGUUGGGUCUGGAUGGUCGAAGGUGAAACUGAGCCGUGGGCGGGAACAGUUUCAUUCUGGAUCAGCUGAAAGGUCGAGGUCAGGACAGGUGAACGGGUCAGAGGGGUCAGAACUACCAGAACAGAUCAGCCUUCUGGUAUCAGAGGAUUGUGAGGUUCUGAAUCUAACAGGAGGUCCAAAUGUGAGGAGACCUUCAGGCUCAGGAUUCUGUGAGAUUCUGGUUUACUGUCCUGAGAACCUGGACCUGGGUCAGAGUCGGUCUGGGUUAGACAGGACUCCAGAACUGAGCUCCUCUUUUUGGUUCUGGUUCUUUUUAACUUCAAAAUCGAAACAGAAACAAUCCGGUGCAGGACUGACAGCUGAUUGGCUGAUGUCUUCCAGGUGACCUCAGGUGACCUCAGGUGACCUCAGGUGACCUCAGGUGACCUCAGGUGACCUCAGGUGUACCUCUUUAGAUCCGGAUGGUGAGUCCACAGACCGAGACCCUGAGAGGUCCUGGUUCUGGACUCGUUGUCUCUCUCCUGGUCUCCUGACGUCUCUGUUGUUUCUCGUCCUCCAGGAAGUCCGGUUUGAUGUCUGCGUCGGUCCUGUCUCCAUGUGGACCCAUCAGUCUGCUCUGUGGACUCCUCCUGGCCGCCGCCCCGCUCCUCACAGCAGGUAUGACCUCUGACCCUGAGUGCGCUUUAAUGACGUGAAACUCCUCCUCCUCUGGGGGGGGACGGUCUUUAUAUGGUUGAGAUUCAAAGACCUCUGUCCUCUCUGUCCCUGUCCUCUCUGUCCUCUCUGUCUCUGUCCUCUCUGUCCUCUCUGUCUCUGUCCUCUCUGUCCUCUCUGUCUCCGUCCUCUGUCCUCUCUGUCCUCUCUGUCCCUGUCCUCUCUGUCUCUGUCCUCUCUGUCCUCUCUGUCCUCUCUGUCCUCUGUCCUCUCUGUCCCUGUCCCCGUCCUCUGUCCUCUCUGUCCCUGUCCUCUCUGUCCCUGUCCUCUCUGUCCCCGUCCUCUGUCCUCUCUGUCCUCUCUGUCCCUGUCCUCUGUCCUCUCUGUCCCUGUCCUCUCUGUCCUCUGUCCUCCCUGUCUCUGUCCUAUCUGUCCUCUCUGUCCCUGUCCUCUGUCCCCUCUGUCCUCUCUGUCCUCUCUGUCUCUGUCCUCUCUGUCCUCUCUGUCCUCUGUCUCUGUCCUCUCUGUCCCUGUCCUCUCUGUCCUCUCUGUCCCUGUCCUCUCUGUCCUCUCUGUCCUCUCUGUCUCUGUCCUCUCUGUCCUCUGUCCUCUCUCUCUGUCCUCUCUGUCCCUGUCCUCUCUGUCCUCUCUGUCCUCUCUGUCUCUGUCCUCUCUGUCCCUGUCCUCUCUGUCCUCUGUCCUCUCUGUCUCUGUCUGUCCCUGUCCUCUCUGUCCUCUCUGUCCUCUCUGUCUCUGUCCUCUCUGUCCUCUGUCCUCUCUGUCCUCUCUGUCCCCUCUGUCCUCUCUGUCCUCUGUCCUCUCUGUCCUCUCUGUCCUCUCUGUCCCUGUCCUCUCUGUCUCUGUCCUCUCUGUCUCUGUCCUCUCUGUCCUCUCUGUCCCUGUCCUCUCUGUCCUCUCUGUCCCCUCAGGCCGGUCCAAUAACUGCACCCACCCCCUGGUCCCUGAACAUGGAGGUUUUCGCUGUGACCCGUCUCCGUGUCGAGGGUUCCACCAGAAGACCUCCAUCCACUUCUUCUGUGAACCCGGGUUCCACAUCAGCAACAGGGUCCGCGUGUCCAAGUGCCGCCACGGGUCCUGGGUGCCCCCCAUCCCCUCCUGCGUCCCUAUCAGAGGUGAGAGCGGACCCGGGUUCUAAGGGGUCUAAAGGUGGUCCCGGGUCCAGACUUUGACUCACUGGUGUUUGUGUCGUUCACGAACGAUCCGUUCAAAAGAGCCGCUGAGAGAACGACGUGAACUGAGUCACUCUGAGUCCUGAUUGGUUCUUUUCUCCGGUCAGUCGAGUUCAGCCGUCAGCCUGGCGUGACGGUCAGGAGGGGAACCGCCGCCUCUGACUUUGGCGAACGACACACAGGCAGCUAGUGAGCGAGUGGGCGGAGUCUCGUGAUUCACUCACAGCGAAUGAACGACAUGGUGGACAAAAUAACCUCUGAAUGACUUUAUUCGUGGCGUGGUUAACUUCCUGCUGAGCAGCGGUUGGUUAAAACAGGUCAUUAUGGCGCCUUUACAGUAAAACACGUGUUUAAACUUUCCUGAUUUAAAGAAAUACGAUAUUUUAAAUCUUUAAAAGUCUCUGAAUCCUCGCUACAGCUGACAUCUUUAUUUAUUUUUAAUCUCGCCACUUUUCCGACAUAUAAAAGAGCGACGACUCGCGCUCGUUUAGCGGCGUGCUGCUCACUGCUGUGUUGUUUCCGCCGACAGACGGCGACACACAGAGAGGUGAGUUUUUCAGGGCGGGGGAGUGACUCUUCCUUCAGGACUUGGCGAAUGAACGACACGAGUCACCCAGAGAACGACGCAGCAGGGGAGGGGAGGGGCUAAUGAACGAACUCGCCGCUGUGUCACUCACUGGUGUACUGCAGCGACAGGGCGGGGCUCCGAAACACGGACUGAUUCAGUGAACGAAUCUUUUGAACGAAUCGUUUUAAUGAACGAAUCGUUUUAAUGAACGAAUCGUUUUAAUGAACAAAUCGUUUUAAUGAAGGGUCUGGUCUGAGGACUCGGUCUGAGGACUCGGUCUGAGGACUCGGUCUGAGGACUGAAAGUAGGACAGCUGGACUCUUUUAUUUUGGUCUCAUAAAAAGAACUGGGUCAGACUUUAUAACCUGCUGAUAAGAGACCUGAGAACUGAAGACCACGUCAGUCUGGACUCUGAUCGGACCUGCUGAACCAGAGGAAACCAGGACAGGUGUCCAGGGUGAGAGGACCUGGUCCAGUGUAGGAAAGACCAGGUCCCAGGAUCAGUUUACGGGGGUUCAUGGACUGGUCCUGAAGUUGAGAUCCUGGGCUCAGUGGACCACCUUGAACGGGGUCUCAGCUCAUCUCUGCUCCUCAGCAGGUUCCUCUCUGGUUCCCCGGUCUUUGCUCCUCAGACGUCUCUGAGUGUUUGAGGAGCUGAUGGUCUCAGGUGGAUCCGAGCAGGUCCUGAGAGUUCCCCUCUGAUGACUCACUGACCCUGAUGGUCUUCAUGGUCUUCUUGUAGACAGAUACUGAGGUCUCUGGAGCCUGUGAUGAGGUUGGACCAGGCUGAACCUGUUGAAGGUCAGAGUCAGCGGGCCGACGAAGACCAGGUUCUUCUCUCUGACACACCUGGAGGAGGACCCUGGUUUCCUUUGAUCCAGGCCUGCAGUCUCUGCUGGGUGUUAAUGAAGGAGAGUCUGUAGACCACAGAGGUCCUGAUGGACGAUCAGCUGAUGAUCUUUAGGACCUGAGAUUACAGACGAAGGUUCGAAGGUUUGAAGGUUCGAAGGUUCGUUUCCAUCUUCAGUCUCUUCAGCAGGUCGACGUCAGAAAAUCAGUGAAACAACAAAAAGUCUUCAGAGAGAGAAGGACACGUCCUCGAAGACACAGCAGGACAGAGAGUCUCACAGUGUCUCCUGAACCUCUGACAGUGACGUUCGUCUCCGUUUGUUUAUCCUUUGAAGCUCCGUCAUCGUCGUCUUUAUUGGCGGUCGUCUUAAACGCCAAAGUCCGCCCUGUGUGACCUGAUCUAAAGGGUUAAUUCUGAAUGAAACGUCUUAUCAGAUCAUCGUGGUCGUUGUAAACAAAGUGACCUUUAACCUCUGCUGGUGAAACUUCCUGGGUGGGGUCGGGCGUCAUCUAAACACCGCCGCUCUAAAGUAGGCCGACAUUAACCCUUUAGAGUCCGAGUGCGUCUUAAUCCGCCGCCAUCAGCAGAUCGCUUCGAUACUCUGACCUACUUUCAGAGACGCACGGCGCUCUGACUUCCUCUGUCACCGUUUAGUGAAACUCGCCGUGACAGGAUGAGCGCAGAACGAGGAAGUGGUCGAAGCCGCCAAAAUUACCCAUGAGCACUUCCUCUGUGCUGUCAGAGCUUCAUGGAAAUCUUCUGAGUCACAGGAGAAAAAGAGAGACCUCAGAACCGGAUCAAGACCUGUUCCAUCAGUCCUGACAGAGGUUCUGACAGGAUCCGGGUCACCUCAGGGCUCGGUUCCUGUCAGUAAUCCACCGGCGUAGUCGGUGACGAUUCUUUACAGCCGCCUUCAGAGGUGAAGAGCAGAAAUAUUUACAAAAACAUCAAAAAGUAGAAAACAGAAAAGAAAAAACAGAGGAGACAGGAGGUCGACUUUGACCCGAGACAAACGUCCAGACUCUGACAGUUCACCUUUGAAAAAUUAACGCUGCAUCCUGGGUAAUUAGCGACGCUGGCGGGGAGGGCGAUGUUUGGUGUGUUUGUAGGUAUGUGUGCGUGUGCCGGCAGCCAGUGAGGACGCCGCUCAGUUACACCCCCAGAGGUUAAAAUGGCGGUUAUAUUUUAUAUUUCUGAGACGACUUCAGGGAGGACGCCAUCCCCCAUAAUCCCCCUCAGCUCGACUUCUGGUUCUAGUCUGGGUAAUGUUUAUUCCCUCCGUUUAUGACUCACCCAGGUUUGAUCGGACUCUGGACGCCGGACCAUUAAAGUCAUGUGACCUGGCAGAGACUCCUGUGACCUACUUUAGGUCCUGGUUUUAUGUUGGUACUCAUGAGGACCGGACUUUGUCGGGUUUGUCACAGCUGUGAGUUUUUAACCAGAGACUGUAUCUAGAACAGACGCUGUCUGUCUCCUCUCUGAGAACAGCGCCCUCUGGUGACGGGCUGCAGUAUAGGUCCUAAACCCCGCCUCCUUAUGGAGCUGUGGACAAACUUUAUAAAUGAAUGACACAGAAUAUAAAUGUUUCUCCCCCCUGGUUGUGAUGUUGACAUGUAGUUACUGUCAGACUGGUUUGUGUUCAAGUCCUCUUUUUUCUGUACAGCUCCAUUUUUAAAACUUAUUAGGGGGUUCAUGUUUUCUAUGAUUGACACCUGAUACAGCCAAUGGGAGGACAGGGAUUGAGUAGAUCACCGGGGGAUACGCUGUUUGAGCCGAGCGUCAUCACAGAGACUCUCCUGCUGAAUAAGAACAACGUUACUGAAUUACUGAGAACUGUUCGUCUUCAAAUCUGUAAACUGGCGGUAGGCGGAGCCAAGUUGUCCAGAGUAGAUUCAGUCUGUGGUUUUUAAAGGGGUCAGGUAUCUGGUCUGCUCUUUGUGGAUUUGACCUCCAUCAGCUCAGGUUCCGGUGUGAGUGAAGACCACGUUUGGGGUUUUAGUUUGAGCUCCUGGGUUACAGAUCGGUUCUCUACAGAUGCCGGUCUGGUCUGGUCUGGUCUGGUCUGGUCUGGUCUGGUCCGGUCCGGUCUGGUCUGGUCUGGUCCGGUCCGGUCUGGUCCGGUCUGGUCUGGUCUGGUCCGGUCCGGUCUGGUCUCACUUCCUGUCCCUCUCCUCCUCUUCAGGUCCGAACAUGAACGCUGACAGCAGGGAGGACGACACCAUGCCCAGCAUGGCCACGACGGCGGUGGGCGUGUCCAUCUUCCUGCUCACCACCACCGCCUGCCUGGUCGUCAAGUCCCGCCUCCAUCCCUGUCAAUCACAAAGGUGAGAAUAAAACGGCGUUGGUGGAGCUGCUGGUUCGGAGGUUCUGGGUGUCCCGCCCACAGUGACCCUCUCUGUCUCUCUGCCCCUCCCACAGCCGUCACUCCUCAGACCAGCUGAACCUGAUGGUGGACGGACUUCCUGUCUCCCUCCCCUCCUAUGAGGAGGCGGUCUACGGGAGCUGGGGUCAGCGCCUCCCUGCCUGCUCCGCACCAGGACCCACUCAGCUCCUAUUGGCUCAGGAAGCCCCCAGCAGUCAACCCUCGCCUCUAAACAACCAAUCAGACGGCAGUGACUGUUCCCUCCUGUCCAAUCAGAGUCCAGAGAACCCCCCGCCCCCCUACGAGGAGGUCCCCACGUUCCGUCUCAGAGACAGGACGAGUGGCGAGGACAUCCAGCCGGUUUCUCUGUCAGACGAUAAGGACGUCUGAUGGGCGGGCCGCAGGGUCAUGUGACCUCAUGACUGCGUUUGAUUGACAGCUGUCUGCAGCAGCUCAGGAUUUCCUCUGCAGGUGAAACAUUGACGCCUGAUUGGCUGCAUCAGGACGCUCGAACCAAUCACAUGAUGAAGAUGAAAGGCUCUGAUUGGCUGCUUGCUUGGGUUUAAACUUGGACUCGUCUCUCAAAGUUGAUGGUUUGAUGUUUGAAUGUUUGUGGUCGAUCGUGGUCGUUGGCGGUCUGAUGGAGGCGUGGAGCGGAGCGGCCAUGUUUUUCCAGGUGCCCGUGAUCGUGUGAGUGUUUGUGUGUUUUCAGUGUAUCUCUGGAGACCGGAUCCUUCCUGUCAGUGACGGGGCGGGUGGAGGCGGGUGGAGGCGGAUGGAGGCGGCCUUCAUGAGGUC